UGGUGCGCGCUCACGUCCGCUGCUCCUGUCCACCCAGCACCCAUGCCGCCCUCACCUAUGCCGUUCUGAUGGGAGACAUGAUUAUCUGGACAUCACCAGACCAGCUAAGCUGGACGCAGGCAGAGGGCGUCGUGGGUGCCAGCUGUUUGCCGUGGAUGAACCCCCUGUAGGCGGACUCCCCCUCCGAGAUCCUGCCCGCCUCCAGCCUCAGGAACAUCUUCUUCCUUCUGUUUCUGUGCCCGAGCUGCCGGCGCUGACAUCAGCCUCCAGCAGCUGAAAGAUAAGCUCCUGCCCAGCGGCUGCAGAUCAUCGUCAGAAACAGGGUGACGGGUGUACUGGCUGGACACGGCUGACUGCGACUGGCCCUAGUCUCCAGAUAGGAAUCAUGCCUAGCUGCAUCGUUAAGGGAUGUACACACUACACCGGCAUGAAAACAUCCAACCCUUUGCUCACAAUGCAUGUCUUUCCCAGGGAGUUCACUCGGAUAAAGCUUUGGCUUCAACAGACUGGCCAGGACUUUGGCGACAUUGAUGCAUUUGCAACAAAAAUUUUGGAUGCUGCCAAAAGUGGGAAGUACCGCAUCUGUUCUGCACACUUUGACCCUGGAAGCUAUACCUCUCAGGGCAGUAGAAUAGUACUCAAACAGGAUGCCGUACCCACUCUCUUCCCUGGUAUAUACCCGAAGCCUCCUCAGUAUUGGAAGCCAUUUGCACCUCAGGCCAAGAAAUACCAUAUUGAUUUGGAUAUUAUAGGUGAAAGGAACAGUCGUCUUUACGUAAAUGCUGGGACACCUAAGCAGCCCAUUCAGAAAAGAGAGGUGGGUACGCAAACAGACAUAGAAUGCCAGAAGGCACAGCAAGAGGUAACCUGUCAUAACAUUAGCCUACAGGGUACCAGGAAAAGCCCAACUGAGUCUUCCUUCCCACAGCAGCUGCUGGAUGUUGAUGGACAAUAUGUCUUUUGUCACCCGGACGCCAGACAAAAUGAACUAAAACCCAAACAGUCCCAGCAUAUUUACAGCUUACACUCCCAGAUCCCAAAAGACUGUUAUUCAUCUGACUCCAGGGUGGAGAACAGAAGUGCUCUCAUUGCUCUAGAAAACAUAAUGGUCUCCCUCUUGCAGCAUCUGACAGAAGCACCUCUGACCACCCGUCCCCAGAAACAAAAGACCACCCGACUCCUGAACCGUGCAGCCGUGAUCAUCUCCAUACUGACUGGAGAGGUGAGACUGCAAGUCAGGGGUAAGGAGUGGACAGUGGUGAAGAAGAACGCACAUAUCAGCAAGUUCUACCAGAUGAUUCGAGAGGUACCUAUAAAGUGUGGGGAUGUUGCAGUGUUUUUCACAAUGGACGAGUGGGACUACAUAGAGGAGCAUGAGGACCAUUAUAAGCAUGUAAUGCUGGAGAACCCUUUGGAACUCAAGAGCAUGCAACCGAGCACAAACUCUGAUAGUUUGAAAGAAGAAAUCCUUGAGAGUAAUUGUGAGCAGAGUCUGAGUCCCAUUACAGAGCAACCAGCAGGCACAGGUGAUGUUGUGAUCCCAGAAAAUUAUCCAGACACUCCCCAGUGUCCCACUACAUCACUACCACUAAUUACUGAUGACUAUGAAGGAAUAUGUAGCAAAGAGGAGGAUAAUGACAUCAACCGCAUGGAAUGUUCCACAGUGCCUAUACUCCUGUGCCAGCCCUCUACCCACAGUCAUUGCUUCAGUGUCCCCAGAUGGAUUACGAGGAAGGGAUUUUACGAGGAAUGUAUCAAAUGGGAUACUAUGGCCAGUCCCCAUGAAUCUCCUAGCUCAGAGCUAUGGAUAGCACAAGAUGGUACCACAUCAUCUCAGUGGAUCCCACAAGAUGACCCCAGACCACCAGGAUGGGGGUACAAUACGUAUCGGAGAAAACGUCCCCUACUACAGUGUCCUGUCAGUUUGUCUUGUGACAAUGCACAUACAGUAAAUACAGAGAUCUCUAGAUCAGACCAUGAAGAGUCAAACACAUUGACACAAGAUCACUGGUGCGAACUGUGUGACAAGUCCUUUGCUGACAAACAUGAACUUGUAGUGCAUGAAAUAACACACACUAAGAAGCAGCGACCGUGAUCAACACUGGGCACUCUUAAUCCCGCCAGCUCUGAGAAUGUCAGGUGUCUGAGUGUGCCAAACAGUUGCUUUGCUGUCUCAAGUAUGACCACAGAAUGCACUGCCUACGAGGAAGACUUAACCACUGUGGAAUGAGGUUUGGCUGCUGCAUGCCCUCAUUUUCCACCAGGGAGAAGAAUGGAGAGAGACAUUACAUCAUGAGAGAGUUGCUCAUAAUGCAUAAACCUUCUGUCAGUGUAUCUUUUAUCUACAGUGUUGUCUUUUGUGUACAAUGGGGCUUUAAAUGUCAGUACAGAAAUAAGGAGGUUUAAAUACAUUAAUAAAAAUAUUUAUUUGUGUUUUGUAUUAUAAAGAACAAA